CGAAGCAGCAGCCCGCAGGUCGAGCUUACCCCCCUGCUCCACUUCUUCCUUUCCUUCCUCGCUUCCAUUUCCCCGCGCUUCGAACCCUUCUUUCCUUCUUUAUCGCAUCCAUUAUUCAAUAAUUCGUCAGAUCUACGUUUCCUUCUUCCGAUCGAGUAAGCAUUUUUUGGGAUUACUAGAUCAGGAAGCGCCGCAGAUCUUGAUAUUACACUCUUCUUUUUCUCCUUCUCGUUUCAAUCUAGUGCUGGAUUCGACAUGAUGAAGAUAGGGGAAUAUGCCUAUUACAGCAAGAAGCAGGAGCGGCAGAACCGCAGAUCGAUGCAGACCUCUGUAGAAAGCGGUGCAGCCAAAGCCAAUUUGAAGGUAGCACGUAGAGAAGCUUCGCCCCUUUUACCGCUCCCGUUACCAUCUCCCUCCUCGUCCGAAACGACUUCAAGUACCUACUCCCGGAGGAAAUACUUUACGCCGUAUUUGUCGGAGAAAGCGAUCGAAGUGGCUAUUGCGAGAGGAAAUGCCUUCAAAGCCAUCUUUAGGGUGAAUGCACACAACCGCCUGGAUGCCUAUUGCACCAUCGAAGGUGUUCCCGUUGACCUUCUCAUCAAAGGAUUUGAAGCGCAGAAUAGAGCUAUUGAAGGUGAUGUGGUCGCAGUCGCUUUUGAUCCUGUGGCCAACUGGACCAGGUUUAAAGGACCAAAUGUAAAUACUUUGCUCAAUUUCGUGUCAGCCAAUGAAUCUUGUAGUAGCAGUGGUAGGUCUGAGGGAAUUGAUGUUACUGAUGCAAACUGUUCAUCAGAACAAGGGGAGGUUAACAGAGCUGUGGCUAGAAUGUGUUCCAUGAUAAAUUAUAACCCCUCGAAACGACCUACCGGAAGAGUCUUAGCAAUUUUGAAAAACUCUCCUAAAAGGGCGUCUGUUAUUGGUUUUCUUUCUGUGAAGCAAUCUCAUGAGGAUGAUGAAGGUUUGGGAAGACUGGUUGAUGGGCGCUUUUCCAAGAAAAGUAAGAACCAGCUUGCAGAACAGGAGGUGGAGUGGAUAUGGUUGGUACACACAGAUCCAAGAUUUCCGAAAAUGGUGGUCAGUGUUAGAACCCUUCCAGAUAGUGUCAAAGAACGGGUGAAGGCUGGUGAUGUGACAGUUGAAAGGGAACUGGUUUCUGCAGAAAUAUAUGAAUGGAACGAGGAUACUCUACACCCCCAUGCUCGGGUUGUAAAUGUUUUUGGCAGGGGUGGAGAAAUUGAACCACGAAUUGGCGCUAUUUUGUUUGAGAAUUCAAUCUGUGCAGCAGAAUAUUCUACAGAGUCACUAGCUUGCAUUCCAGACAGGCCAUGGAAGAUCCCUGACGAAGAGUUCAAAACUAGGAGGGAUCUUAGAAAUAUUUGCUCCUUUACUAUUGAUCCUUCUCAUGCUAUUGAUCUUGAUGAUGCUUUAUCCGUUGAAAUAUUGUCUGAUGAAGUACUUCGCAUCGGAGUUCACAUUGCAGAUGUUUCAUACUUUGUUCUUCCUGAUACAACUUUGGAUGCCGAAGCUCAAGCGCGGUCAACUAGUGUUUAUAUGUUACAGCGCAAAUUGCCAAUGUUGCCUCCAGAUCUUUCUCAGGAAUUGUGCUCACUUUCGCCAGGUGAAGAUAAACUUGCCUUUUCUAUUAUUUGGGACAUCAAUCUUUCUGGAGAAAUAAUCGAUCGCUGGAUUGGACGGUCCAUUAUCACUUCUUGCUGCAAACUGUCAUAUGAGUUUGUUCAGGCUCUAAUUGAUAAAUCAUUUGAUGCUGAUGAAGUUUUUCUAUCAUCCAGCAUUGGCACUGAGUUAUAUGGAUACUUUAGUUUAAAGGAUGUUAUUGAAUCUCUUAAAAUUCUUUAUGAGAUCUCUAGCAGGCUUAGAAAAACCAGGUUUAAUGAUGGUGCUCUUCAGCUUGAAACCGUUAAAAUUAGUUUCUUAUUUGAUGAGUAUGGGAUACCAUAUGAUAGUAUAAUAAGUGAGAGGAUGGAGUCCUGCUCUAUAGUCGAGGAAUUUAUGUUAUUGGCAAAUAGGUCUGUCGCAGAGGUCAUUUCCCAAGCCUUUCCGGAUUGUUCAUUAUUACGUAGACAUCCGGAGCCAAUUCUAAGAAAGCUCACGGAGUUUGAAAGAUUUUGUAGCAAACACGGCUUUGAGUUAGAUACUUCGUCUUCUGGUCAGCUUCAGCUUUCCCUUCUAAAAAUCAAGGAAGUGAUUAAAAAUGAUCCUGUUUUAUUUGAUAUUAUAAACUCUUAUGCUUCAAAGCCUAUGCAGCAGGCAGUAUAUUUCUGUACUGGAGACCUAAAAGGGAGAAAAAAUGAAUGGGCUCAUUAUGCACUUAAUGUUCCCUUAUAUACUCAUUUCACAUCACCAAUUCGGAGGUAUCCUGAUAUCAUUGUACACCGGACCUUGUGUGCUGUGCUUCAUGCUGAGAAAAUGUAUCUAAAGCGAAGUGUGGACAAACUAGAAUCAUCUGAAACUGAAAUCAUGAGCACAUAUUUUGCUGGACUUCGCUUUAAUAAGCAUGCUGCUGAAUCUGCAUUUGGAAGGGAAGCCCUAUCUGCUUCUGCAUUGAAGUUCAAAAUACCAGAUGGCGAUGCUUUGGGAGAACUUGCUGCACAUUGUAAUGAAAGAACUCUAGCUAGCCGACGAGCUGAGGAAGCUGGGGAGAAAUUAUACAUAUGGGCUCUUUUGAAGCAGAAAGAGACCCCUCUAGUUACUGAAGCUAGAGUUUUGGCAUUGGGACCAAGGUUUAUGUCAGUUUACAUACAAAACUUUGGUAUGGAGCUGCGCAUACAUUAUGAUGAAGUUAAGUGCUUGGCUGUUGAAUGGCUUGAAAUGACUGGUUUGUUGGUGUUGGACUUGAUUAGGAGUAAGAUUAUCCAAAGAAUGGAUAGCCUUGAAAAUUUUCGUCCCCUUGAAGAUGUUGUAUUGUUGACAUAUCCAUCUGUAUCAGAUCUUGAUGAAGAAGGCACUGAAGCAAUUAGUUUUGGAGUAGAUGAAGAGGGCACUGAAACAAUAAGUUAUGGAGCUUGCUCUGCUAAUGUUACACCAUCUGUAUUUUCAGAAAAGAGAAAGCUUGAGGCUGUUUUUUUUCCUCUAGUAUUGCAGAAUUUGUCGUCCGUACCUGUUGCUCUCCAUGCCGUUGGCGGUGAUGACGGUCCUAUAGGCAUAGAAGCUAAAUUAUAUGUCAGCUCAUACUUUAGUUAGGUGCUGGAGCUGUAGAAAUCUCUUGGCAUAGAAGAUGAUUGAGAAUUGAGGAAUUUUUUUAAUCUUGUUGAUCUUAGACUCUGAAUACAAAGGAUGAUGGAACUUUUACCCACAGGAUUCCUGGACCAACAGCUCUUGAUUAAUUAACAGUUAUUUUAGAUCUAUCUUACUCCCAUCUCCACUUCCAACAACACCAACCCCAAAUGGUAUGCUGAUAGUGGUGCACAAAGGUGCUUUGUCAUCUGCUGUAGUUUGUUAUAGUUGAUAUAUGAAGGAGAACAUGCUAUACUAACAAGUUUACACUUUUAUUUGUCUUAUUAAGUAAUUUAUUUUCUGCUAAUCUUUUAGUAUUCUGAUAAACUUUUCUAUGAGCAAAUGCCAAUUGCUUCCAGAAAUUAAAUAUUGUGAUUUUACUGGGAGGAGGACUUUAAAUAUAUUUGUGCAUGUUCUUCUUCA